AUGUCUAUGGAUGUCUCUAUAUUUGUCUUCUAUCAUUGUGAUCUUGGCCCUACAAAUAUUCUCGUCGAUACCUCGACAGGCUUGCUGGGUAUCAUCUAUUGGGAGCUUGCUGUCUACGUUCCCAUCGGAUGGGUUAGAACAAAAUCGCGACUCUCAGCAGGAAUGGAUUUCAACUAUGGGGAUGAGGACUCCAAAAAGGAUUGGCGCCGCAGUGUUGCCCAGCAUCUGGAAAAGAUGGGCUACCGCGAUGUUGUAGAUGCAUGGUGA